AUGUCUCAAGUCCACCCAUUACAGCUCCAACACCAACAGUUGCACGAACAAGCCCUCCAAGAAUCAGCAAACGCUGCUUCCCUUCUAUCAACAGCUCCUUUAGAUCCUUCCUCGAUGCCUCAGUCCCAGAUUGACAGUUUAAACCGUCAGAGUGUAGAACCAAGUGGUGGUGUGGAAAGCCUAGCAAAGGAUUCAGGUGCUACGGUUAAUGCCAGCAAUACUAACGGUACUGCUUCUGCAAAUGGGAAUCCAAGCAUAGCAGCCGAACCAGAUUCUUUGCCACCAGGAGCUCAAGAUGAACAAGAUAUGGAAGACGAUAUGGCACUAGCGUCAUUCGUACCUUUAGAAAAGUUGCAGGUCAACGGUAUUACUACCUCAGAUCUUAAGAAACUACGUGAAUUUGGAUUACAUACCGCUGAAGCCGUAGCAUACGCUCCUAGAAAGCAACUAAUGGAAAUCAAGGGUAUAUCUGAAGCGAAAGCUGAUCGUCUACUAAAUGAGGCCGCUAGACUAGUACCCAUGGGAUUUGUUACUGCGGCAGAUUUCCAUCUGCGCCGUUCUGAAAUGAUUUGUCUUACAACAGGUUCUAAAAAUUUGGAUACCCUAUUAGGUGGUGGUAUGGAAACUGGAUCGAUUACUGAACUCUUUGGUGAAUUCAGAACUGGUAAAUCUCAGUUGUGUCAUACUUUAGCAGUGACAUGUCAGAUACCUCUGGACGUUGGUGGAGGUGAAGGUAAAUGCCUUUACAUCGAUACUGAAGGUACAUUUAGACCGGUGCGAUUGGUUUCCAUCGCUCAACGGUUUGGGUUAGAUCCCGAUGAUGCGCUUAACAACGUUGCGUAUGCAAGAGCUUACAAUGCAGACCAUCAAAUACGACUACUUGACGCUGCGGCUCAGAUGAUGAGCGAAUCGAGAUUUUCACUCGUGGUUGUGGAUUCCGUAAUGGCACUUUACAGGACAGAUUUUUCAGGUAGAGGUGAGUUGAGUGCGCGUCAAAUGCAUUUAGCCAAAUUUAUGAGAGCGUUACAAAGGUUAGCGGACCAAUUCGGUGUCGCUGUUGUAGUGACAAAUCAAGUUGUAGCACAGGUGGACGGUGGUAUGAGUUUCAAUCCUGAUCCAAAAAAACCAAUCGGUGGUAAUAUUAUGGCGCAUUCUUCAACAACGAGAUUAGGUUUUAGAAAGGGUAAAGGUUGUCAAAGAUUGUGCAAAGUGGUAGACUCACCAUGCUUACCAGAAGCUGAUUGCAUAUUUGCCAUCUACGAGGACGGUGUAGGUGAUCCAAGAGAAGAAGAUGAAUAA